CGGUCAGUGCGGCGGGACGGCUCCCGGCCUCGGGCCCGGAAGAAGAUUCAGAACGCCUUAGUGCAGCAUUCACUUCACUCAUGAACUUGAUGAAUCAAGCCACAAAGGAAUGCGAGAAGUACUAUAGCUUCAUGGCAGCCUCUAGAUGCAAAGAGCAUGAAAUCAAACACAUCUGCAGAUACCACAGCAGGCAAGGAAGGGAAAGAGAGCUGGAGUCCUCUGAAGAGGAAAGAACGGAAACCUCUGUAGCACCCAGACAAGCUAAAACUUGCCAGCGACAUACCAGACAAGCUUCUGAAGACAUUUACAUUGAAGUUUCUCCUGGCACCUAUUCUGUCACAGCAACCUCAGAGGACAUGGUGCAACAAACCCAUGUGGUAGAUGUCAAUGCAGGACAAAGUGUUAAUUUAACUUUUGUUCUAUGACGUUUGUGGUUUCUUGGCAAUCACAGGAAUAAAAUACGAGGCUGUUUUAAUGCAUGUAA